CAAGUCUGGAUCGGCACGCCUGCCAUUAAUUACUCGCCGAUCACCUGCGCUCUCGCCGCCGUCUCGCCACCUCCCACCAGUGACGUGACGUCUCGCCCACCCUCACACCGGCACACGCGACGGCACACGCUCAGCUCAACCAUGGAGCGCGCGCGCCUCAAGAGCUCCCCCAGCUCCGAGCGCUUCCUCGGCUCCUUCCUCGCCCCCGCAGCCGCCGGCGACCAGUCCGCCUCCACUGCCUUCGAGCUCGACGAGGACGACCUCUUCUCCGCAGGAUCCGGCUCGCCCGAGCCGCCGCAGCCGGUGCGGCGCCCGCUCAUCCUGUCCUCCGUGCGCCCCGCAAACCCUAGCCCUCUUCCCCGUCUCCGCAGCCCGCCGGAGGGCAUCCUGGACGCCCUACCCGAGCGCCGCCGCUCGCCGCCUCGGUCCUCUUCAUCGACGUCGUCGUCCCCCGCUUCCCCUGCCGCUGCCCCUCCCCGCAUGAUCCCCGCCGUCCCCCGCCCGGCGCCGGCACCGGCGCCGCAUGUGGCGCGGUCUCUGCCGGUCAAUGUCCCUGCGGCGCGGAUGCACAAGUCGCCGAAGGUGAUGGGGGGAAAGACUUUACGUUUUCCCCUCUCCUCCCUGGAUGAGGACGACGAGGAGAUGCUGCCGCCGCAUGAGAUGGUGGCGCGCGCGCGGGCACGGGAGUCGCCGAUGACGACGUUCUCAGUGCUGGAAGGAGCCGGGCGCACGCUCAAGGGACGGGACCUCCGCCAGAUUCAAAAUUCUCUUUGCUGCACCAUCGCUGUGCUGUACACAGACCUCAGUGCAGCCAUGAUAGAGCUGGAACAGCUGGCUGGAUGGCUCCAGGGCCAUGCUCCUUGCAAAGAGAAUCGCCAGCACUGAAUUUCAGCAUCUGUAGAGAUUUCAAGGCUGGUCACAGCGGAUGAAGAGAUUUGGAUUGAACCACCAUUGGCAGGAAAACGAUAAUACUUGGAAAUUCUUGGUUUCACUGAGCCUCGUCUGAACUCCACAUGCUAUGACUCUCUUGGUGAUGGCUGUGUUUGGGUGUAGAGAGUGUGCCUGUACCCAACUUGAGACCAUGACAGUUGACAACUGCAUCCAGCUUAGCUGAAGAAUCAACUGUGAAUGGUGCACUGAGCGGGCCGGUUCAGUUGUCAAAUAAGCAGACUGGUGUCGUUGUCAGGUUUCAGAGUCAAAGGCUUGACGCAUAAAAUGGCCAGCUCUUAGCCGUUGACGCAGUGACAUUCAGAGCAGCUAAUUGGCUUACAUGGCUGCAGUUCGUAUGAAGUGUCAGCGGAUGUAUUGUGCAAGACAGCCAGCGGAUUUUAUUUUGACGAGGACUGUAAGAUUUUGUUGAACAUUGACUUAUACUGUCGUUUCCUGUAACUUAAAAUUGCUUCCAGUUAUUAAUUUUUACAGAGUAUACUAGUG